UUCCAGUGCUGUUGACCAUCGUUCGCCCUCCACAGUGCCUUUCUACAUUCAUUCUUUAAUCUUUUCUUUUUCAUCAUGACGCUCCUUUCGCGGGUCGUGAGCUUUGGUCUCACUGGUUUGCUUUUAUCAGCACAGAGUGCCGCGAAGAUUAUAUAUGCGGGUGUUAAUUCUGCGGGCGGCGAGUUCGCAACUCAAAAUCUUCCGGGGGCUUUUGGGACUGACUACCAGUUUAUCAACGAGAGCGCCAUUAACUUCUUCCUGAAUUCAGGCGUUAACGUCAUUCGAGUUACGUUCCUUCUGGAGCGUAUGUGCCCAUUAGAGACUGGUCUCGGGAACAAAUUCAACGAGACAUACUUUACCAACUUUCAAAAUGCUGUAAACUUCAUCACAAUGGCUGGUGGCUACGCCAUCCUCGACGCUCACAACUACAUGCGCUACAACGACCCUUCAAUGCAACCGAAUUCCGGCUCCAUCAUCGGCAACUCAUCAGACCCUAAAGCAGCCACUACAGAGCAACUAGCGUCAUUCUGGGCCGAGCUCUCCAACCGCUUUAAAUCAAACCCCAAUGUAAUUUUCGGAGUAAUGAAUGAGCCACACGACAUGCCUACCGAACUCGUACUCGCUAACGACCAAGCGUCCAUCAACGCGAUCCGAAAAUCCGGAGCGCAGCAACUCAUCCUCGUGCCUGGCAACGGAUUCACUGGCGCGCAACGCUGGCUGAAUUCGACAUGUUCCGGGUGUAAACCGAAUUCGGAUGUUUUGACUGCUAUCAAAGAUCCAAUGAACAAUUUUGCAUUCGAUAUGCACUUGUAUUUCGAUAAUGACACCUCAGGCACGCACAACGAAUGCACAACCGCAGCCCCCGCAAAUCUCCUCCCGGUAACUAGCUGGCUCGCCCAAAACAACUACACCGCCUUCCUUUCUGAAUUCGGCGCGGGUUCCAAUCCCACCUGUUUUGAGACUCUCAACAACACCUUGAAAUGGAUAGAACAGAACCCGCAAUUCAUCGGCUGGACGUACUGGGCGGCGGGCCCGCUUUGGGGUAACUACUUCUUGAGCGUGGAGCCUGGGAUUGGGCCGGAGAGUAAUAGUACUUGGCCUCAGAUCUUGGAGCCGCAUAUCAAAACGUAUCAGCCAGUGCAGAGUUCUAGCAAGAGAUUUGAAAGAUGA